UCUCCGACUUUUGGUCUGUUCUCUCCUUUCCCCCUUCCUGGAAUAUCUAGUUACCCCGCCCCUUGAAACCCAGGAUCCCAGGUGAUAUUCAAAAACCAAACGCACGCCGCAGCGUCACAAGCUUGACACCGAGAACCACUUCUUCGGGACCUGUUUUGAUUUUCCCUGGCUCUGGUUCUGCAUAUGCCGACUAUGGCAGUUACGACUUCCUCCCCUGGUUUGACAAUUCCGUCUUUGGAUGUUGUCAUUACUACUUUGGUCUCCCAUUAUCUUCUCAGCUUCUUUAGCAUUGUCUCUCUCACAUAUGUCGUCUAUCAACGAGUGUUUGCCCCCCUUGCUGGUGUACCUGGACCUUUUUGGGCGAGUCUGGGUAAGGGGUGGCUGAUUGCGAGGGCGAAGAAGGGAGACUUGCACAGAGAGUUGAUCAAAUUGCAUGAAAUACAUGGUCCGCUGGUCAGAAUUGCACCAAAGGAAGUGAGCGUAGCGGACCUCGACGGCAUAAAGAUGAUCUACGGCGCCGGCUCCCACUUCCACAAAUCAGACUGGUACUCCGUGCUCAAAGGCCACCGCACCUUCGACCCCUUUGCCGAACAAGACCCUCACGUCCACGCUGCUCAGAAGAAACUGGUGAUUCGCCCUUAUGCCAUGGAAACACUCAAAGAUCUGGAGCCGUAUGUGGAUUCCACGGUCUACCACUUUAUCUCGAGGAUGCGAGAAAAGGUGACACAGCAAGUUGAUCUGGGGAAAUGGUUCCAGUUAUUUGCGUUCGAUGUUAUUGGGGAGAUUACGUUUAGCAAGAGGUUUGGCUUUAUGGAUACGGAACAUGAUGAUGGCAGUUUGAAGUCUGUGGAAAGCACACUGGCUUCUGCAGCUUGGUUGGGCCAUGUACCUUGGGUAUUCUGGACGCACGACUACCUCAAGCCUUGGGUUGGAAAUUGGCUAGGUGUUACUAAUCGCACUGGCAGUCUUAUGCAACGAGCACUCAAAGAAGUCGAGGAGAGAAAAGUCCGCGGCACAGACCGAAAUGACUUUUUGGAAAAGUUCUUUCGCUUGCAGAGAGAGAAGCCUGAUCAAGUUACUGAUGUUGCGGUGAUCAGCAUGGCUGCUGCUAACAUCACUGCUGGUUCUGAUACUACUGCUAUCUCUCUAAGGGCAAUUAUCUACCAUUUACUGCUGCACCCAGAGUACUUGGACCUCUUGCGCCAGGAAAUCGAUACAGCGAGGAGGGAGCGCAGGCUCAGCGACCCCGUUACUAUGGAAGAAGCGGAGAAAAUGCCUUUUCUACAAGCGUGUAUCAUGGAAGGCCUCCGCAUCCACCCCUCCAUCGGCGGUCUGCUCCCCCGUACCGUUCCCCCUGGCGGCUGUGUGAUAGCUGGGACUUUCAUACCCGCUGGGCAUGUCGUUGGCACUUCCGCAUGGGUCGUCAACAGAAACGCUGAUAUCUAUGGCCCUGACGCCAACACUUUCAACCCUACACGAUGGCUCAAGGGCAAUCGCCAUGAAAUGCAACGUUAUUUCCUCACCUUUGGAGGUGCGAGUCGCCAGUGUUUUGGAAAGAACAUUGCGUUUAUGGAGAUGAGUAAGAUGGUGCCCACGUUUUUGCGACAUUUUGAUGUUGAAUUGUGUUUUCCCGACAGACCAUUGAAGGAGAAGAAUUUCUUCUUUGUUAUUCAGGAGGGAUUGAUCGUUAAUUUGACACCGAGGGAUGAGGUUGCAGAAGGGCAGGCUAAUGGAGGGGCUGAGAAGGAGAUGAACAGAUACUAAACAUGUUUUGAGCAGAUUUUUUUCUUCCUACAUUAAUGCUUUUUUCUCAUCUUCUCACGACUUUGGGCUCGAUGCGGAGAUAGAGUGAUGUCCUUCCGCAAGGUGUCUUUACGGUAUACGAGAAGGAUUCUACAUUGCUGCACAGUCAGAUGCUCGAAAGCAGGGGUCUAGUCACGAGAGUAUCCUUGACAGG